AUGGCGCCGGUCCCAUCUGAAGACGCGACCAACGGCGCAUCGUCCUCCUCCUCCUCCUCCCCACCCUCGUCGGGCGAUGGGGGCGGAGAAAGCGGUGGAAAGAACAUCUGGGUCGCGGCCGGCGAAGGCGACCUCGAUCGGGUUCGACACCUCGUUGAAGUCGAGGGCCUCUCGCCAACGGUGCCCGAUCGCUUCACAUACACUCCGCUGCAUGCUGCGGCGUCGUAUGGCCACAUCGAGCUACUUCGGUUCCUCAUCAACCAUCCCAGCUGCCCUCCCAAUGCCAUCAACGAGACAACCGACUCAGACGGCGAGACGCCCUUGUUCGUCGUCGAGGAGGUAGGCGUCGCUAGGGUCCUCAUCGAGGAGUUCGGAGCCGACGCAAAGCGAGAGAACAAUGCGGGCGAUACACCGGCGGCCGUGGCCGAGGAGGGUGAACUGGAGGAGUUGGCGGCGUAUCUGCGCAGCGUAACGGGCGAGGCACCCAUGUACGAUCGGUCCGGUGCGGGACAGCGAGCAGGCAUCGCAGACGCAGAGGGCGACGAUGAUGACGACGAGGCGCAGUCGGAGCUGACGAGGAGCACAAACGAAGCCAUCGAGGAGCGGACAGAAGCACUGAUGUCGCGCGUCGGGGCCAUAUUGGCUCGAGCAGAGGCUAGAGGCGCCAGCUCUGGAGAAGAGCUGACCGAGCAGGAAGAGCGGGAGCUCAGAGAGGUCGUUGGUCAAAGCCUCUUUGAACAGAUCCGAGAGGGAUGGGGCCCGUCAGACGGGCAGGAGCAGAGGCAGAGUCACGCAGACUCAGAAGCCCAGAAAGAGACGGAGCAGGAGUCGGAAACACCGACAACGGAAGAGCAGCAGCACGGCCCUCGGCCCGGUCGGUGA